UUCAAUCAACCAAGAGCAGCAAGAAAGCAAUAAUGGAGAUGGAUAACUCAGUCUCUUGCUUCUUCCUUUCCCUUCUCCUUCUCUUCUUUGUUUUUAAAAUUUUCCGAUCAAGAAUAUUUUUCAAAAAUCUCCCUCCGAGUCCACUUGCACUUCCAGUUAUUGGCCAUUUCCAUCUUCUAAAACCACGCAUGUAUCGCUCUCUCCAAAAUCUCUCUAUAAACUACGGUCCCAUCUUCUCUCUCCGUUUUGGACAUCGCCUUGUUAUUGUAGUCUCAUCACCAUCCGCCGUCGAAGAAUGCUUCACCAAGAACGACGUCGUUUUAGCCAAUCGUCCAAAAUUUCAAGUAGGCAAGUACAUAUCUUAUAACAACACUACCAUCCCUCAAUCCUCCUACGGCGACCACUGGCGCAACCUUCGCCGCAUCGUGGCUGUUGAGGUCUUCUCUAACGCUCGCCUCAACAAGUUUCUAAGCAUUCGAAAAGACGAAAUCAAGCGAUUAAUCAUAAAGUUAUCACAUAGAUCGUCUCAAGAUUUUGCUAAGGUAGAGUUGAGAUCAUUGUUCAAAGAGCUAACAUUUAAUAUGAUAGUGAGAAUGAUCACAGGAAAGAGGUAUUAUGGAGACGAUGUGGGUGACAAAGAAGAGGCAAGACAGUUUAGAGCGUUGAUAGUUGAAGUAAUUUCUUAUGCAGGGGCAUCAAAUCCAAGGGAUUUCUUGCCAAUUUUGAAUUGGAUUGAUGGUGGUAGAUUUGAGAAGAAAUUGAUAAGCAUGGGGAAAAGAACUGAUGAAUUUGUACAACGGUUGGUUGACGAACACAGAAAUAAGAAGGACAAUUCAGAGAGCAGGAACACCAUGAUUGAUCAUCUUCUUGCUUUGCAAGAAACAGAACCUGAUCAUCACACUGAUGAGAUAAUCAAAGGGCUCGCAGUGAGCAUGAUAUUUGCAGGAACAGAUACAUCGGCGGUGACAUUGGAAUGGGCAAUGUCAAAUCUACUCAACAAUCAACAAGCAUUAAUGAAAGCUAGAGAUGAAAUAGACACUCAGGUUGGCUCAGAAUGCUUACUGGACGAACCUCAUGUCUCCAAACUGCCAUACCUUCAAAAUAUCUUCAAGGAAACCCUCCGAUUAUACCCGGCAGCCCCGCUUCUCGGCGCUCACGAAGCAUCUGAUGAUUGCACUAUUGGAGGAUAUGAUGUACCUCGUGGCACAAUCGUGUUGGUUAAUGCAUGGGCCAUGCACAGAGAUCCUACGCUUUGGGAUGAUCCAUUGAAGUUUAAACCUGAGAGAUUUGAUAAUGGAGGAGGGGAGGGCUUCAACACUUACAAGUUCACGCCAUUUGGAACGGGGAGAAGGGCUUGUCCAGGGGCAGGCUUAGCCCAACGUAUAGUGUGUUUGGCUUUGGGUACGUUGAUUCAAUGCUUUGAAUGGAAGAGAGUCACUGAUGAAGAAAUUGAUAUGACUGAAGGGAGAGGACUCACUAUGCCUAAGCUUGAGCCCCUGGAGGCCAUGUGCAAAGCUCGCCCAAUAGCAAAGAAGAUUGUUGCUUAACUAGUUUAAUGUUGCUUAAAAUUCUCUUUUCUUAAUCUGAAAAAAAAAAAUGUUUUCUGAAAUAUGGAUGUUUUUAUUAUCCUUUUAAGUAUGUUAAGCAGCUUAAUUUUGAAUAAUGAAUUUGGUUUAUUA